AGGUAGACGUGUGUGAUUCCGACCCUUGUGCCAAUGGAGCGACGUGUGUGGAGAGUUCAGACUCUUACAAAUGCUUGUGCCUGCCGAGCUACGGAGGGAAACGCUGUGAGAUCGAUGAGCAGCAGUGUGAAGCCGGUUGGACUAAGUUUCAGGGGAACUGCUACCUGCACCUCUCUGACAGAGAGACGUGGCUGGACGCAGAGCAUCGCUGCCGGGACCUGAACGCCCACCUGGUCAGCAUCGUCACGCCAGAGGAGCAGGACUUUGUCAACUCAAACGCUCAGGACUAUCAGUGGAUCGGCCUGAAUGACAAGACGGUAGAAAACGACUUCCGCUGGACAGACGGUACUCCACUGCAAUUUGAGAACUGGAAGUCAAACCAGCCAGAUAAUUACUCCGACCCUGGAGAAGACUGUGUGGUGAUGAUCUGGCACGAGAGCGGCCAGUGGAACGACGUUCCCUGUAACUACCACCU